AUGAACCAAUCUACAAAUCAAGCUGUUGGUGCUAAUCAUCAAAAUAAUAAUGGGCUGCAAAUAGUUCAGAAUGUCGGCAGUCCACAAAAUGCUGCUAUAGUUAGGCAGUCUCCAAGGCCUCAGAACACAUUCGUCGAACGCAAAGAACGCAAUAUGUAG